AUGACGACGGCGAUGACCGAAAAAGUGAGACUCCGAUUGUUCUUCGACGAUCCUAACAUUAUCAGCAAGUCAAAGACGAAACAAGGCUUGAACCGUUGCUGGUUCCUUCUAGAACCCCACCUCACCACCAUUUCCGAUCUCGCUUCUCGUCUCCAAACCCUUUUCCGCCUCCACCGCACCUCUCCCGCCGGCGUCACUCUUUCGAUGGAUGGUUUUGUUUUGCCACCGUUCGUGUCCACUUGUAUUUUGAGGGAUAAAGACAUUGUGUGUGUGAGAAGAAAGGGAAGUAGGUUAACUGAUAGUAAACCUGCAAUGCUGCAAUUAGAAGCACGUGAGAAUCAAACGAUAAACGCGUUGAACCUUCUUGCAAUUGAGGGGGUUCAAGAGGAGAGGCGAGAACCUGAAACUGUUUCCCUAGAUGACGACGACGAUGAUGAUGAUGAUAAUGAUCAAUCUGAAGAUGUGGUAUAUGUGGAAUCUAAAUCUGAUGGGAAUACAACCUCGAAGAAGAGAAAGGCGUCAAAGAAGCUUAAGAGCCCUAGUCAGAAGAAGAUUAAGAUGUCUACGACGGAUAACUUAUCAGUCAUUCCGGAGGUCAAUGAUGAGGAAAAUGGAAGUUUUAAAGACCACCAGCCAAGUCCUGCCAAGAAAUCCUCAAAAAAGUUGUCAAAAAAGUCUAACAACCUUGAUUUAACUAAACAAAAAGAUGACAAAAAUGGGUCAAUAAGCGAUGAAACAAGGUCUCUUCAGCCUCAACGUGAAGUCGAAACAAAAAAGUUGCCUAGCAGAAGUGCUCGGCGGAAAAAGGCCAAAAGAAAGUGGUUGAGGGAACUAAAAUUAGAGAAAAAGAAAGAGAAGGAGAAAGACAAAGAGAGAGAGAAUGAGAAUGAGAAUGGAAAUGAGAACGAGAAGGAGAAAGAGAAGCUUCAUCCGAAUCAGGUGCUUGAGAAAGAUGAUCAACAAUUACCUAUCAAAGAUAAGAAUGACAUAGUUGCUGAUGUGCAUCAACAAUCUGAUGAAGAAAGUGAAGCAGAGGAUGACAUGGUUCCUGUGGAGAUCAAGCCAGGGCACAUUCGGUUCCAACCCCGUGGAAAAGAUCAAGCAGUGCCAGAGAAUCAGUUCCCAGUGGACACGUUUCAGUGGAGUGGUACCACCAGCAAGAAGAAGGGUCAGAAAUGGGGUAAAGAGAGGACCUCAUCCCAUAAACAGGAUGAUUAUGAGCAACCCCGUCAUGAUUUUCCUAUUGUUCAGAAUGCUGGGAAAAAACACACAUUUGAUGCAGUAGAUUUUGACAAGCUCACACCUUAUACAGACUUGCCUAAGGAAGGGAUUGUUAUUGCUUAUCGAUUGAUUGAGUUAUCAGAAUCUUGGACUCCUGAGAUCUCCUCCUUCAGAGUUGGUAAAGUGACAGAGUUUGACAGUAAAUCAAACAGGAUAUGGCUAGAGACAGUUUCAGAAUUUCCAUUUGAUUUUAGGAAGAAAAUAGAUGACCUAGAUGACGAUACAACACCUGCACAGUAUGAUCCUUCCCCUUAUCAGGAAGAUGGUUCUUUAGAGAUUGAUUAUGUAUCUCUGGCUGAUGUUCGAAUCAUUAAGAAUGGCCACUCGAAUUUGGCAACUGUAGUUGCUUCAAAUGAUGCUUUAGCAACUCCAACAAAAGCAACUAACACUAGCACUGAUGCUUUGGUAACUCCAACAAAAGCAACUAACACUAGCACUGAUGCUUUGGUAACUCCAACAAAAGCAACCAACAAUAGCACUGAUGAAAAACGUGUUGGUAAUCAAACUCCUGUUGGAAGCUCGAAGCCACAAAAGGAGGGCCAUACCCCUGCUAAAGAAAAUGGAGAAAUUAACGUUUGGGAUGAAAUCAAUGAAGCAUUAAAAGCAAAGAAGGCCCGGCUGUUGCAGGGGGGUGGUUGGAAGAAAGAUGAUAGUUCAAGCAAUAGGCCAUGGUCUCAGAGAGCCAAAUGCAGUGCACUGGGUCCCACAAUGGCACUUUUAAGAUCACAGAAUGGCUUUAAGAAAUAG